UGAGGACCCCAAUAGAAUCAUCCACUACGGAGGGGGCAAACUGAUAGCACUGGCCAGUGACAAGAAGCUGCAGAUUGUGAGUGUGGAGACAGGACACCCGAUCAACAAGCGACCAAUCACAGGCCACGCUGGGUCCAUUCAGUGCGCAUUUGUCGACGAAGCUGAAGGCUACGUAUUGACUGGGAGUUACGACACAAGCGUGAGAAUGUGGGACUUAGAGAGUGGGGCUUGUAGGAGGAUAUUCAGGGGACACACGGACUCUGUCUACGCCCUCACCAAGUACCUGGACACCAUGGUCACUGGAUCCAAAGACACCACCGUAAAAGUUUGGGAGAUAUCUCGUGGCGUGGUGACAAUGACCUUCAAACACAAGGACAGUGUGCUGUGUGUUGACUUGAAUGGGGACAAACUCUGCAGUGGAGACAGUGGGGGAGUGGUGAAGGUGUGGGACAUCCGAUAUGAGCAGUUUGUGAAGGAGAUGGAUGGACACUCUCCCAGUCCAGUCUUGUGUCUCAACAGUGACAAGUGGCACCUCGCCAGUGGUGGGAAAGACGGGACUGUGCUGAUCUGGUCGAUGGUGGGCAAAUUCACCAGAUGUCUGGGUCUGUUCCGACACCCCAAGCCGGUGAUGAAUGUCUACCUGCAGGACAUGCGGGUGCUGAGUGGGUGUAUGGAUGGGAAGAUGAGGAUCUGGAACAUAGUGAGUGGGGACUGUCUGCGACUUCUCAGAGGCAAUAGUCGCUCCGAACCCAUCUACCAUAUGUGGCCUGUCGGCGAUACUAGGAUCAUAAUCAAUACGCUGUCCAACGUGUUAGCUCUCAACUUCGAAAGGGUGGAGUUUAACUACUCGCUCGGAGAAGACAAGCCGGACAUUUUGAGUGUCCGCAACAGACAGAGACCGGCUACAGUGCCAGUCGAAGGAGCAAGGGCAGGAGGAGGAGGAAGAGCGACUGGUCCGAGGUCACGAGGUCAGGCCCACGGGGAAGGCCAUGGUCACGUGGUGCAAUUGGGAGGGGCGGGGUAUAAGCAGACUCAUUCGUUUCUAAGGGCACAGAAAAUGAAGCAGAGGACAGCUGCUGCCGCACUCAAUGUGUUGGUGUUGGAAGACCCCCUCAAGGAGUAUUUCGCAUCCCGAUACCUCAUUGACCAUCCCAACCCGCAACCACUUCCUCUUAACACCCCCGUGGGAGGGACCAACCCGCGCAUCCUUACACAUCCGGAGGUGCCUGGAUCGGACUACAGGAGACCCCAGACAAGUGGCAGUGUUAUCACCACUCAAAAAAUGCCCAAGAAAAAGGCACAAUUGAUUUCGCGGCCGCAGACAAUCGACUCCGACCAGUAUUCCGAAUGGGGGUCCGAAUUAGGAGCACCCACCACAAGCAAACCGACCAGAAGUCGUGCCGCAGUCGGAUCCAAGUCCAUCCCAACAAGUGCCGCCAAGAGCUCUCGUAGUUCACAUCCUCCGACGACAGCUCCCGGGACGACAACUUUGACGGGACCUCUGGAUUCCAACUUCCAGUUCCAGGCACUGCAGUCGGUGCAGAUGCUCUCGAAGCAGCAGUUGAGCCAGCCGAAGAACACCAGCUAUACUGCCGACACCUCGGAACCCGAUCCGAACUUGAAUGAAGCCGAGAAGCGAAGACGAAACUCUACUAUUGCGGGAACUAUCCAGUACAACAGAGCGAAUCUGAACUUGUCGGAGGCACUGGCUCUGUUGCGUGCCCAGAAGAGACAGACUAACCAGCGCAACAUCACCCAGGACCAGAUCUAUCUCACUGUCAACAUGAUCAAGCAAGCAGUUCACCCUGAUGGAAAGACGAGUGAAAACACAGCUAAAAAUGUGUCCAACCCCCACUUCUACACCACCGCUUGUCCUUCACCCGUCCCGCCAGAAACCUUGCAAAACAGACCCGGCUCAGCACCUUUCGAAAUAGACCCUAGACAGAGGACCAGCACGUCCGAAUUCAACAGUUUCCGACCGCGUGCACCUCCGCCGCCUCCGGUCGAGAAACCGUUACCGGAACCAGUGUCGGAGCGGGCGGCAACUCACUUCGUGAAAAAAGUCCACCCGACAAAAGAGUCGAAGAUCAUACCGUCUAAAGUGAAAUCUACAAUUCCACCAAUCGUGGACGUCAAGACAGCGUCGACCAAUCAGAAUAGAAUACGCAAAACGCCAGCCAAUCAGGAACAAGAUGAACUGCGCCCUGUGUCUACUGCCCGAACUUCAAUUAGCCGACACCAGUCGCCCAUGUUGCUCAAUUCCAAGUUCAAACCCAACUCAACCCUAGCUCAACCGCCCUCAUUCAACCGAUCCAAAACGCAACACGAUUCUCUCGGGGGUGCAGCAGUUUUUAAUUUAGGGGCGAGUGGGAAUAGCUGCGACCCUUUCAAACAGUACGCUAGUGUAGACCUUCGAACUCUGACUCAGUGGAAUGAAUAUGAGAAGAGAUUUGAGGCUGAAAAUGAGCAGCAGGCAAAGAAAAAAGAAGAAAAAGAAGACCGAGAGAGGUACAGACGGUGGCUGAAAGUGGCCACUAAUGCCUCUCGGCCUAACGCCAAUCAGAUGUCCUCUUAGCCGAAUAAAGAGACUUGUUCGGAAUUUAGAGAAAAGUUCAGAUAGACCGAAUUUAUUCAAAAGAGCAAAUUAUCUCU